AUGAAUGAUAAUGUCUCUAGGAAUGACGAGCCCUUGGAGGGAGAAGGCUGCAGCCAAAGCCUCAAUCCCCUCUCACGCGACUUGACCACCAAUGCCUCGGGCGACGAGAUCGCGUCUCCUCCUCCCUCGGUUAGCAUCCAUCGCCAUGCUGGCCAACCAUCGGGAAAAGGGGCUUUCCAAAUAGAACCUCCGUCACGACUCGCCUCUCGCUCCCCUCCUACUCGUCCCUCGCCCUCGUCACCGCCCAUCGCUCCCCCCGACCAUGGCUUGAAUGGUGAUGGUUCUACCACCAGCAGCCAGCGUCGACGUCAGCGUUCCAUGGCCCAACGCGUCAAGUCUGCCUUGUUCAAGUUUGGCUCCUUCAUUGGGCCUGGUUUCAUGAUUGCUGUUGCCUACAUUGAUCCCGGAAACUAUGCGACGGAUAUCGCCGCCGGUGCCUCGUACCGCUUCAGGCUGUUGUUCAUCGUUCUCCUGGCCAACGUCUUUGCCAUCUUUCUGCAGAGCCUUGCCAUCAAGCUUGGUACGAUCAGUGGACUCAAUCUCGCCGAGGCUUGCCGGGCCUUUCUCCCACGCUGGCUCAACUACACCCUCUACUUCUUUGCCGAGGUGGCGAUUAUUGCCACGGACAUUGCUGAGGUCAUCGGAACCGCCAUUGCAAUCAACCUCCUGUUUCCGCAGGUCCCGUUGGUGGCUGGCUGUGCCAUCUCCAUUGUGGACGUCAUGAUCAUCCUCCUCUUCUACCGCCCGGACAAGUCGAUGAAGGGCCUUAGAAUCUUCGAGUACUUUACCAUGGGCCUGGUGCUUGGUGUCGUAGUUUGCUUCUGCAUCCAACUAUCCCUGAUUCAAGACACGCCUGUCGGACAAGUCUUUAGGGGCUACCUCCCUUCGAGCGCUAUCAUCGAGCAGCAAGGACUCUACCAAGCAUGUGGUAUUCUUGGAGCAACUGUCAUGCCGCACAGUCUUUAUCUCGGGUCCGGCAUAGUGAAGCCCCGUCUACGCGAAUACGACACGAAACGCGGGCUGAUCCCUCCCGAGCCACCCUCUGGCUCUUCGUCCACCAACGAUGGCAUGGAUACGGCCUAUUAUAUCCCGUCCCUGGCGGCUAUCCGCCAUUCGCUCAAGGUCUCCAUCCUCGAGCUCGCCAUCGCUCUCUUCACCUUUGCCCUCUUUGUCAACUCGGCCAUCCUCAUCGUCGCGGGCGCCUCCUUGUACAACAACCCGAAAGCCCUCGACGCGGACAUUUUUAGCAUCCACGACUUGCUGUCCGCGUCCAUUUCGCCCGCUGCUGGCAUCAUCUUUGCCCUCGCCUUGCUCUUGUCGGGCGUCUCGGCGGGCAUCGUGUGCACCAUUGCCGGGCAGAUGGUUAGCGAGGGCGCUCUCAACUGGAGGACCCGCCCAUGGGUGCGCCGUCUGGUGACGAGAAGCAUCAGUAUCACGCCGAGCAUCAUCAUUGCCGGCGCUGUCGGACGGUCCGGGCUGAGUGCGGCGCUCAACGGGUCACAAGUGGCGCUGAGCAUCGUCUUGCCAUUUGUCUCGGCACCGCUCAUCUACUUUACGUGUCGCGACAAGUACAUGACGGUGCAGCCGGGCAUGGGUCGCUUCCAUGCCAAGGUUGAUAGCGCCGGUGUGGCCUUGUUUAGACGUCCUGUGACAGCGGGCCAGGAAGAGAGCGAAGGUGCCGUCAAGAUGGGUAAUUCGUGGUAUACGGCAAUUUUUGCUGUUCUGGUGUGGCUCAUCAUGACGGUGAUGAACGUGGCCAAUCUAGUGUUGCUAGUAAAGGGCCAGUGA